GGAGUGGGCAACGCGGCGUGAGCAGCGGCCCGAGGCUCCCGGAGCAUCGCGCUGGGAGAAGACUUCGCCGCUCGGGGCCGCAGCCUGUGUGAUCUCAUCGCCGCCCUGUCGUGACUUCAUCAAUGUCGUGUUGUGACCUGGCUGCGGCGGGACAGGUGGUGACCGCCAGGAACCCUCCUCCCCUUCUCAUCUCCCCAUCUCAGCAGCCCCGCUUCGAUUAUCCGGCUUUUGGAUUCUCCGUUGUCCUGGGAACUAUCCGGGACCCCCUCUUGCUUCUCCAGCCCCUGCCGGCAUCCACAGGCUGGUAGCGGGACGGGGAGGGCGAGAAGAGGGAGCGCAAGGGGUUAAUUCUGCUGCUGCCGCCGCUGCUGCUGCUGCUGCUGCUGCAGCCUCUACCCGAGGGAGGGAAAGGAGAGGAGGCAAGGAGCCUGCGGGGGCGACUGAGAGCCCUGGCUGGAGGGGUGGGGUCCCCAAAGGGGCCUCCAAGCCUUCCCUGUUGAGCAUCUUGUAUUCUCACUUCUGAAGCGUAUCUCUGCCUCUGAAGAAGGGAGGGGAAAGGAAGCCUAGGGUGUCCUUUUCUCCCAUGUCAGCCUGAGUCCGGAUAAUCGAACUUCACCCAUGUAUGUCUCCAUUUCUCCCUGUCUGUCCUCACCACUCACUCCCUCUGUGUCCCUGUGGAGGGAGAUAAAACCCAGCCUCUGGUGCCAGGGGGACAGCUGAGCAGUGGGGCCAGCCCCCGCCCACCCCCAGGAGACUGAUGAGGAGAGCUGUCCGGCUGAGCAGCAGCAUGCAUGGUCCUUCUUUCCCGCUUUCUGGAGGUGACCUUGGACCAGGGUCCCUUCUUUAUCCCUAAGGAUUUGCAGAUCCAGCCCCUUGAAGGGGCUUCCCCGGGGGAGUUGGGCAAGGCGAGCAUCAUGGCCUCGGAUUGCGAGCCAGCUCUGAACCAGGCAGAGGGCCGAAACCCCACCCUGGAGCGCUACCUGGGAGCCCUCCGUGAGGCCAAGAAUGACAGCGAGCAGUUUGCAGCCCUGCUGCUAGUGACCAAGGCAGUCAAAGCAGGUGACAUAGAUGCCAAAACUCGGCGGCGGAUCUUCGAUGCUGUCGGCUUCACCUUCCCCAAUCGUCUCCUGACCACCAAGGAGGCGCCAGAUGGCUGCCCUGACCAUGUUCUGCGGGCUUUGGGUGUGGCCCUGCUGGCCUGCUUCUGCAGUGACCCUGAACUGGCCACCCAUCCCCAAGUCCUGAACAAGAUUCCCAUUCUCAGCACCUUCCUCACAGCCCGGGGGGACCCGGACGAUGCUGCGCGCCGCUCCAUGAUUGAUGACACCUACCAGUGCCUGACGGCUGUAGCAGGCACACCCAGAGGGCCUCGGCACCUCAUUGCUGGUGGCACCGUGUCUGCCCUAUGCCAGGCAUACCUGGGGCACGGCUAUGGCUUUGACCAGGCCCUGGCACUCCUGGUGGGGCUGCUGGCUGCUGCCGAGACACAGUGCUGGAAGGAGGCGGAGCCCGACCUGCUGGCCGUGUUGCGGGGCCUCAGUGAGGAUUUCCAGAAAGCUGAGGAUGCCAGCAAGUUUGAGCUCUGCCAGCUGCUGCCCCUCUUUUUGCCCCCGACAACCGUGCCCCCUGAAUGCUACCGGGAUCUGCAGGCCGGGCUGGCACGCAUCCUGGGAAGCAAGCUGAGCUCCUGGCAGCGCAACCCUGCACUGAAGCUGGCAGCCCGCCUGGCACACGCCUGCGGCUCCGACUGGAUCCCGGCGGGCAGCUCCGGGAGCAAGUUCCUGGCCCUGCUGGUGAAUCUGGCGUGCGUGGAAGUGCGGCUAGCACUGGAGGAGACGGGCACGGAGGUGAAAGAGGAUGUGGUGACCGCCUGCUAUGCCCUCAUGGAGUUGGGGAUCCAGGAAUGCACUCGCUGUGAGCAGUCACUGCUUAAGGAGCCACAGAAGGUGCAGCUCGUGAGCGUCAUGAAGGAGGCCAUAGGGGCUGUUAUCCACUACCUGCUGCAGGUGGGGUCAGAGAAGCAGAAGGAGCCCUUUGUGUUUGCCUCGGUGCGGAUCCUGGGUGCCUGGCUGGCCGAGGAGACCUCAUCCUUGCGUAAGGAGGUGUGCCAGCUGCUGCCCUUCCUCGUCCGCUAUGCCAAGACCCUCUACGAGGAGGCCGAGGAGGCCAAUGACCUUUCCCAGCAGGUGGCCAACCUGGCCAUCUCCCCCACCACCCCAGGGCCCACCUGGCCAGGAGACGCUCUCCGGCUCCUCCUGCCUGGCUGGUGCCACCUGACCGUUGAAGAUGGGCCCCGGGAGAUUCUGAUCAAGGAAGGGGCCCCCUCGCUUCUGUGCAAGUAUUUCCUGCAGCAGUGGGAACUCACAUCCCCUGGCCACGACACCUCGGUGCUGCCUGACAGCGUGGAGAUUGGCCUGCAGACCUGCUGCCACAUCUUCCUCAACCUCGUGGUCACCGCACCGGGGCUGAUCAAGCGUGACGCCUGCUUCACAUCUCUUAUGAACACCCUCAUGACGUCACUACCAGCACUAGUGCAGCAACAGGGAAGGCUGCUUCUGGCUGCUAAUGUGGCCACCCUGGGGCUCCUCAUGGCCCGGCUCCUUAGCACCUCUCCAGCUCUUCAGGGAACACCAGCAUCCCGAGGGUUCUUCGCAGCUGCCAUCCUCUUCCUAUCGCAGUCCCACGUGGCGCGGGCCACCCCGGGCUCAGACCAGGCAGUGCUAGCCCUGUCCCCUGAGUAUGAGGGCAUCUGGGCCGACCUGCAGGAGCUCUGGUUCCUGGGCAUGCAGGCCUUCACUGGCUGUGUGCCUCUGCUGCCGUGGCUGGCCCCCGCUGCCCUGCGCUCCCGCUGGCCGCAGGAGCUGCUCCAGCUGCUAGGCAGUGUCAGCCCCAACUCUGUCAAGCCCGAGAUGGUGGCCGCCUAUCAGGGUGUCCUGGUGGAGUUGGCGCGGGCCAACCGGCUGUGCCGGGAGGCCAUGAGGCUGCAGGCGGGCGAGGAGACGGCCAGCCACUACCGCAUGGCUGCCUUGGAGCAGUGCCUGUCAGAGCCCUGAGGGGUGUCCACCGGGGACAGACCCAGGGGCGGGCAGAGAGGGAAGGAGGGAGGAGGCAUCUUCCCUGAAGCCCCCAAACUGGCCCCCCCCUCCCCAGACUUCCUCCCCAAAACACCCCAGCUUUCUGGCUUUUCUGAGGGCAAGGGCAUGGUGCCCACCCCUCAAGUGUAAGGAACUGCGUUCCGCCCUUCAGGCCCCCAUGGGGGCAGGGAUCGGCUUGGAAAUCAACGUGGUUGUCCCCGCCAGGCCGGGGAAGGUUGGAGCAGCCCCCAGGGAGGGGGGCACUAAGUGUCAUUGUGCCCGAUGUCUGGCUCCCCUGCAGGAGGGAGGCUCCAGGGUAAGACAGGGCUGGCAGGAGCAGACUGCCUCAGCCCAUGUGCCCUGCCGGCCAGGGCGUGGGCUCCCCUCGGCUGUGGUGCCUCCUCUGGCCCCCCAGGUCCACGUCCUUUAAAUUGGCCCUUUGGCUCUUGCCCUUGGCUCCCUUGGGCAGACAGCAGGCUUAGGCCAUUGAUAUCGCAGUUCUUCCUAUCAGCUUCAGUGACCCAGGGUCUGAACUGCCCCCAUCCUAGGGCAACCUGGGGCAGACAGGCCUGGUGGGGGGUGGGGAAACCUCCUUCCACCUGAGCUUGCUUGAAGGGACCCAGGAGUCUUUGGGCCCAGAUCUUUAAACCUUUGUGUCGUGUUGCAGCAGAGUGACGAUGGGGGUUGGGGGGGUUAUUUAUUUUGCCUGUCCUUAUCCCUGCUUGGACACCUGAGCAUCUGAUUCCUGUCUCCCUGGUGCCAUCUGGCCUGGCUGGAGCCAGGAACAGGAGGGACACUUCCCCAGAAUCCGCAUGUUUCCCCAGUGAUUGCACCCCACUGCCACCGUGGUGCCUGGCUUUAACUCCCACCCCUGCUAUGACUCCUCUCUGCAGAGACGCGACUGGCGGCUCCAGCAGGGACUACCUUUCUUAUAAACCCAGGGGGACCCCCCCCCACACACACACACACACUCUUGAUCCCUUGCUUCCCUCCCCCAGUGCGUUCUGUGAUCGCCAAGUUCAAAGCUGUGCACAUGUGGACACUCAAUAAAUGUUCAUUGGUGA